AGCAAAUUCCAUGGAGACAUCUGGAUUUGUCCAGGACAAACUAACUGAAUGGGGAUUCAGUGAGUUCAUGCAGAGAUUUAAAGAUGAAGGCAUUGACAAGGAGACGUUUCUAAACCUUGGAGAUUCAAUCCGAAUUAAUUUACUGUUUCCUAAAAUUGGACCAAGAGUAAAGUUUAGAAAGAGACUGAAAGAUUACUUACAGAUGGAGAUAUGUCAUUUUGUCCAGGAAAAAUUAACUGAAUGGCAUCUCAGUGAGCUGAUUCACAGAUUUGAAGAGGAGGGUAUUGACAAAGAAGCUUUCCUAAGUCUCGAGUCAGGCAGAAUCAAUACUUUGAUUCCAAAAAUUGGACCAAGAGUAAAGUUUAAAAGGAGACUCAGAGAAUACUUACAGGACUUGAAUAGAACAAAUGAUGAUUCUGCUGACAUGAUGGAAACAAGCGCAGAGCAAGAGAACAAUCCAGAAAUGGAGCCAAACAUUUUUCCUCAACAUUUGGAAUCUUCUUCAGCGUCUGACACAACAGAUGGCAAAGACACGAUGCAGGACCACAACAUUUUUCCAUUUCAGUUGGAGUCUGCUUCAGCAGUUGACAGAGGCAGUGACACAAGUAACGAACCAAUUCGCUCCUGGGCAACAGUGACACAAGGACAAAGUCCAACCACAUUUACAAUGUUUUACUGUCAAGAGUGUAAAAACUUCAUGGGAAACAAUCCUGAUUCUUGUUGUUCUCACUGUGCCUCUGUGUUCAACAAAGCAAGCAGCAUUCAAAAUGGAAACUUCUUUCUGUACUCAUCCCUGAAAGACCUUCUGAAAGGUAUCCUUGAGAACCACAGCACUGAGUUGUUACCUAAAACAGUUAAAGAUGAGCAUGAUAACAUCAAAGAUGUGAUGGAUGGGAUGAUGUACCAGAAUCUCCUCAGAGAGGGUAAACUAGCUGCAGAUGAUCUCACACUGACAUGGAAUUUUGAUGAAGUACCAAUUUUUAGCACCACCAGAUACUCAAUUUGGCCCCUUCAGUUUGUUAUUAAUGAACUUCCUUACACACAAAGACAGGAAAAUAUGAUAGUUGCUGGAUUUUGGUUUGGCCAAGGAAAACCUCAUAUGAACACAUUUCUGAAACCAUUUGUGGAUGAAUGUUGUGAUUUAGCCCAAAAUCCAUUUCAGUGGAGAGACAGCAGAGGCACUCUUCAUUCAUCAAAAGUCUUCUGCUUGGUUUGCUCCUCUGACGCUGUGGCGAGGCCACUUCUCCGGAAUUGCAAACAAUUCAAUGGAGAAUAUGGUUGUGACUGGUGUUUACACCCUGGCACAGUGGUACCAAAAGGCUCUGGCUCUGUGAGGUCAUACCGAUAUGAUGAAACUAAACAAGCAUCAAGAUCAAAAAAUAUGUUUGUUGAAAACACCUCAGAGUAUGGUGUAAAAGGAAUGUCCUUACUUUCCAGACUUCCUUUGUUUGACAUUGUGUUUGGAUUUGUACCAGAAUAUAUGCACUCAGUUUUAGUUGGUGUGACUAAGCAACUUAUUGGAUUGUGGCUGAACUCAGAGAACUCCAAGAAAGACUGGUAUGUAGGUCAACAGAUUUCACAGAUGGACUCUUAUCUCCGAAUGUUAAAGCCUCCAUCAGAAAUGAGCAGAUCUCUACAGUCACUGAAGGGUCGGGACACUUGGAAAGCAUCUGAGUGGCGAGCUUUCCUUUUAUUUUAUGCUGUUAGUGUCCUACCAGGCAUCCUUCAGCCUUCAUUUCUCCAGCAUUUUUUUUGUUUGUCGAUCAGCAUUCACAUUCUGCUACAAGAAUCAGUCUCCCAAAAUGACCUUCAGCUGGCCCAUGAGAACUUGGUACUCUUUGUUAGAAACAUGGAAGAACUCUAUGGUGAAGAAAACGUUUCAUUCAACUGCCAUCAGUUGAUCCACUUAGCUGACUGUGUGCGUAACUGGGGGCCUCUCUGGGCAACAUCAGCAUUCAGUUUUGAGAGGAACAGUGCAAAUUUAAGGGCACUGCUUAGCAACAUAAACUACAAUCCUCAAAAAAUUCAAGACAAGUUUCUCCGUUGGCAGCGCCUGCCGAGUCACCUUCGCUCCCUUGUUUCUAACGGAAAUUCUCCGUUAGCCAGCAUUUCACCAGUAAAUGAAACCACUGAUUGUUACAAUCUGCUUGGAAAUUCACGGCAUCUGGAUAUCACACGAUCCAUAAAACUAGCAAUAGAAGAGCUCUUAAAUCGACCUGUUUCAUUCAGAUCAGUGGAAGGCUUUGACAGCUUCAUCAACAGAAAUACUGUUUACUCUGUAAACCAUGAAGAGACAAGAGACUGUGUCAUAAAACUCAAGAAUGGCUGCUAUGGAGAAAUACAAGUCAUCGUCAGGUUUAAAGAGAACUGUGUUUGCACAUCCAACUGUGUGUGCUCGGCUAUUUCAGUCAUUGUGGUCCAGCUGUUUUAUAUCAAACGUGAUGCAGAGGACAGCAGGAUGAUUCCUGACAGUGCAUCAAGGACUAUCUUUGUGAAAGUGGAAAGGACAACUCAGCUCAAAGCCUUCUUCUUGAGGGAUGUUAGGUGUAAAUGCAUGUAUGUGAAUGGUUGGCUGGUGCCUUUACCAAACUCAUAUGAAAGAUAUUAAAGUUCCAGCACAGCUAAGGUGCUUUCUCUGUCUUGUAUAUCAUGGCACAUGGCUGUUUUUACUACAGUGAAAAUCUUGGAAAAAUGAAUGAUGAUGAAGUUUUUUCAAAGGAGUUUGGAGUAAUUUUGUUCAUAUGUGUGCGAGAUCUGUGGCUUACGUUUUCUUUUGGUGUGACAGUGUGGACAUAAUGUAGUCAGUGUAAUGUAGGAUUAUAUCACUCAGUACUGUAUGUGUAUUAUCUGUAUAUGGAGGAAAUUAUGGAGUGAUUUGUAAACAGCCAAAAGCUUGCCUUUCCCAAUUUUGUAUUCACUACGUAUUUAUCAUACAUGUCAGUUUACCUCUAUUCAAUAUGAAAUGCAAAUUAUUGUGACACAUAAACAUUUCGUGAAUUAACGCUAAAAAUCCGGGGUGAGUGGAUCAAUGUGGUUUACUGCAUCCUGAUACAGAUUGCUAUUACUGAGAUAACAGAUCAUAAAGCUUCAUAUUACCUCAGAUUAUUGUGUAAUAGCUGAUGAGACUUAUUCUGUUUAAUGUUGCAAUGUGUGCAAGUCUAUUGAAUAUAAUACAGAUUGAUUUGCUCAAGAAUGUUUGUAUCCUGCUACAU